AGUGGGCGGCGGGUUUGCGUGUGUAGGAUUAGAGAUGUAGAUACAGUGAACCAACUGGACGUGCAAGGUUGCGUCACCUCACAGGAAGGUAGCACUUAUUGAUCCUGGUUUGCUUCGCAUCAAUUGUGUGGGCAAUAAUAAUAAUCUGUGUGUGUUGCUCUUCUUGUUUGGAGUUUGGUGUGGCCGUGUGGAGUUUCACUGGUGGCGCAGUCAAUGACGCACUCGAAGUGUUCCGUGGCCGUAGGUUGUGGCAGCACUCAGCAGGAAGACCACAUCUGUUAGAUUCGGCUGAGUUGCCCUUUUUCUUAAGGAAGUCCCCGAUGUGAUGAGGGCGAAGCCUGGAAGUCUUGCGAACCAGCGAGGCACCGAGAUGUGCUGGUGACGGCCCGAUUAGGUGGAGUGGUGGUGGCCGUGAUGUUGGCAUGAGGAGUGUUACCAGAGUGGUGUGCCCAACCCACUGUCUCACCCGCACCACUGCCAGCAUGCAUACCAAGUGUCGCGGUGGGGCAUACCCCUUCACCAAGGACAAGGUGCAGCGAGUCCAAGUACCAGACACUAAGGUGGACUGGAGUGUUGAGUUUCCAGAGUACUUGCCACCAAGCCACACUGCUCCACACAUCCUGGCUGCACCUCCCUAUGCUGAUCCAGAGAUAGGAACUGCCGGCUUCAAACCAAGGUGGAAUGCACUGGAUGGCAGAGUGAGUCGCUGUUCCCAUGUGAAACCUUAUGAUGUGGUGGACGGCUUUCCGCGAAAUGUGUGUGGCCGGACUGGAGUGGCAGGGCGAGGUGCUCUGGGACGGUGGGGACCCAACCAUGCUGCAGAUCCCAUUGUGACGCGGUGGAAGUUGGCUGAUGGCAAGGCAGUCAUUCACGAGAAGACCAGAAGACCAAUCCUGCAGUUUGUUUGCAUCCAGCGUCGUGACACUGGGCACUGGGCCAUUCCAGGUGGCAUGGUGGACCCUGGCGAGCGUGUCACCACCACCCUUCAGCGAGAGUUCCUGGAAGAGGCACUCAACUCCCUGGAGAUGACACAGAAACAGAAGGAAGAAAGUGAAAAGCAGCUCAAAGAACUUUUCAAAGGGGGCGUCGAGAUUUACUCUGGGUAUGUGGAUGACCCUCGCAACACUGACAAUGCCUGGAUGGAGACAAUGGCCUUCAACUUUCAUCAAGACAACCUGCAGGGCAUGCUGUACUCGAUGCAGCUCCACGCCGGGGAUGAUGCCAAGGCUGUCAAGUGGCAGGACAUCUGCAGCACACUGAACCUGUAUGCCAGCCAUGAGGACAUGAUAGAGAAGGUUGCACAGAGACACCAAGCUCACUGGUGAGUACAGAGCCUUUGUGUUAUCCUCACCUCCUGACCCAAGGCUCACUGGCAUCAUUUCACUUGGUAAAAAAUUAAAAGAUUAAGGAAAAAUAAAUACAUCAUUGUAUUAUUUAACUAGUGAUUUUUAUUUUAUUUCAAAUAUUUUGGGACACUCACCUGAUUUUAGUCAUAAUUCUAGUGAUUUGUGCACUCAGCUCACACCAAAAGAAUGUGCAUUUGAAUCCCAAGCCAGGUGGUGAUAAAGUCAGUGUUUCCUUUCACAUGGACAGGAGCAGAAACCUUUGCAAUCCUGCUAUUCUGUGUACAUAAUGUGUAUGUGUAUUUUGAGUGAGUGUCUGCACUACACACUGAUAGGCAAACCAGGCAUGGAAUGUUGGGCAUGUAAAUGCAUAGUGACAUAUUGCAUUGUGAAUAUGUAUAAUUUUGUACUCCUGAGUGAAGGCUUGUUAUGCACUGAUUGUUGGUGCAUCUUGAUUGCCUCAAAUGUUAAAGAUGAUAUAGAAAUGAUAAAAGUUUCAUAGAGAUCAUUAUCUGAUAGAGAUUCUUCUAAUGCACAGACAAGUGUUAUAGUUGUGCAAUACGUACGGGUGAACUGUCUCGGUCAUUAACGUAGAUACACAGGUAGAGGAUCUAAAUGGCCCUUAUAGCAGAUGUGUAAAUCUAUAUAGAACCAAAGAAUGUUAACACAGAACCAAACCUUAUCAACACAGAACCAAAGCUUCUUCAUUUAGAAAAAUAAAUUAUUUGAAAUUGAGCAUUGACUGAGAUGAACUUCAGCCUGUACAGUGUUGGGCCUUGUCAGAGAUUGGACCGGUCUUGUCAGGUUGCAUUUAUCUCUUUCAUUUUUAUAUAGAGCCAGUAACACAAGGAAAGGUAAAUUGUUAGAUGUGUGUAUUAUUCCCAUGCUGGCUGCCAUAGGAUUGUGUUUUUUGGAUUUUUUUCCUUUCUCAGAGAUUAUAUCAGACUAGUUAUUAUAUUUUUAUAUAUUUAAAAGCUUUCAUUCUCAGCUCUACAUACACUUCUUAUGCCUCACUGAUUAUUGAUUUGAGAAGUAACUUUGGAGGAGAAAGUAACUUACUUUUUUAAGUGAUUAAUCUUUGGAAACACAGUAGCCCACACCGUGUUGUGCACCAAACCAUUUGUAACAAAAUUCUUGAUUCCCUCCAAUACUGUAGCUUUCAGUUUUCACUGUGUUGCUUUGAUAUUAUAUGCCUGUUGACAGACAAAAAAGAAUGAAUAAUAAUAAUUCCUGCAUGUCUCAGUUCCUACACAAGCAUUCACUCUACAAUAACUGAACCCAAAUAUUUGAUAACAUUCACUCAUAACUUUGUCAAAAUAUUCUUUGUCACUGUUAGAGACAAUUCUUAUAAAUAUACAAACAUAAAUGAGCCUGUAACAUCACUCAAAAAGCAAAUGGUAUAUAUACGUAUAAAACACUUCCCUAAGACACACACGCAAACACACACACACACACACACACACACACACACACACACACACACACACACACACACACACACACACACACACACACA